GCCGGGAAAGAGCGUCCCACUACCGGUUCACCUCCGUGACCCGGAAGAGGAAGCCGAGGCGCUCCGUGCAGGGGGCCAAAGGGCGGGGCCAAACGCGGCGGAGGACUCGCCUUUCUGCUCCGUUUCCCCUUCUCCUCAUGGCGCCCCUUCACCGGACCGCCCUCAUCUUCGGCGGCUUCGUGGCCGUGGUGGGCGCGGCCUUCUACCCCAUUUACUUCCGGCCGCUGAUGCACUUGGAGGAGUACAAAAAGGAGCAAUCGAUGAACCGAGCUGGUGUUAUCCAAGAAGAAGUUCAGCUCCAGGACUGAAAGUCUGGUCUGAUCCAUUUCGAAGAAAGUAAAGACCUCCGUGGGCAUUGCCUCGAGGAUGGCUACCUUUCCCUUAUCCCAGCGAUCACGCACCACGUUAUUUUAAUCCGCAAAGAUAAUGCAGAACAUAUCGGCGAGUUGGGUUUGUUUUGCAGCGUCAGUUUACAUAACGUAGGUCCCGGCUAUCCAGCGGUAGCGGAGCAAACAGCAUCGAAUGUUUUCUUCAAAGCAGAUGGAAUCUGUUUUUGCUGAAGAAAAGGAAGGGGGGUUGCUUUUGGAAACUGGACACAGUCAGAGUAUUUUAUGCAACUGGUGUUUCUAUAAAUACGUGCGGAUUAGCCGAGUAUUUGCAAAGGAGAAGAGCAUUGCCUCCGGGCCUGCACAAAUGAUGUUUUCAUUCAAACCGGAUGUGUUCUCCGAUUUACCUGUCUCAUAAAUAAAAACAGAACAGAUCAUAUUAAUAUGCA